AGCGGAAAUGAAAAUCAACUGUGUGACCCGGACAGGAAGCCACGUGUCUCAGGCUCCAGAGGAAGCAGCAGGUCUGGUCUGUGCCUGAGUGUUUGGGUCUUUUACACACAGUCACAGACACGUUUAUCCGCUUUCACUGAGACAUCUGUCGGCGUUAAAGCUCGGGGACAUUUUCCAAACAUGUCUUCGUUCAGGAAAGCGCUGAAAUCCCGUCAGAGGAACCAUCAUGAAAGAUCUCAGCCUGGUGCCAGGAAACAUCUGGGACUCCUGGAGAAGAAGAAGGACUACAAGCUCCGUGCAGAUGACUACCACAAGAAACAAAACACGCUCUCUGCUCUGCGGAAGAAAGCUCUGGAGAAGAACCCGGAUGAGUUCUACUUUAACAUGAUCAACUCAAAGCUGCAGGAAGGAGUUCACAUAGCUACAAAAGACACGGAGGAGGUGGAGGUGACGGAGGAGCAGAGAAAAAUGAUGAGGACGCAGGAUAUCAAAUAUGUGGAGAUGAAGAGGGUUGCAGAGGUUAAGAAAAUCGAGAGGAUGAAAGCAGAGCUCCACCUCCUGGACGCAGACAGCAAACAGAAAAACAAGCACACAUUUUAUGUGGAUUCCAAGAAGGAAGUGGAGUCAUUUGACCUGGCGACCCACCUCAACACUGCUCCUGAGCUGGUGGACCGAGUGUACAACAGACCGACUCUGAAAACCCUGGAGACUAAGAGCAUCCAGGGAGCUGUGCAGCCUCGCAGUGUGCAGAAGUUGGCCAGGCAGAGGAAGAACCAGUAUAAGAUCCUUUCCCAGAGGAUUGACAGAGAGAAGAAACUGUUUGUCAUCAGCCAGAAGAUCCAGACACGCAAGGAUCUGCAGGAUAAGGCUAAAAAAGUGAAAGUGAAAAAGGAGACAACCAGUUCUGCAGCAAUUUACAAGUUUGAGACCAAGAGGAAACGCUGAGAGGGGAAUCAACAACCUAAUGACUGAUGAUGUGAUCGACUCCUGGACCAGACCAUAGACAUUUUUCAUUUUCCUCAAAUUUUGCUGCACCUGUGAAAUCUUGUACAUAUUUAUCCAAACCUUUUUUAGUUUCUUUCACAUAAUAAAUAUGAGAAGAACUUGCAG